GCAGUCAACAGUCAACGCACGUCUUUGUGACUUGUCUGUUUACUCUAUUUGGAUCAGCCCGACAAUGACCCAGCUAUGGACGAGCGAACACCCUUGAUUCAAACCGUCACGGUUCGCAGAAGAGCUCCACGAUACUCUCGUUCCACUCUCCGACGCUUCUGCUCAAUCGCACUUGGCAGUACUUUGAUUCUCAUCGCUGUCCUCUUCCUCCUUCCGCUUGCCAUUCUACCCCGUGGAAACGAUAGCUUCUCCUCCUAUCUUCCCUGGGCCGCCCCUUUCCCCAAGUCAUGGCCUCAUACCGCCGGCAUCUCUUAUCAUGACCUCGAACAAAUCUUGUUGCAAACACCAAAUCCAGACAGAGCCCGGUCCUGGAGCCAAUACUAUACAGCAGGACCUCACCUGGCCGGCAAGAACCUAUCUCAGGCCAUAUGGACUCGUGACCGUUGGCAAGAGUUUGGUCUAGAGGCCGAUAUCGUCGCAUACGAUGUCUACAUCAACUAUCCUCUUUCACAUCGUCUGGCCCUGUUGAAGCACGGCAAGGUCCAGUACGAAGCCUCGCUCGAAGAGGACAUCCUCCCGGACGAUCCUACCACCUCACUCACCGAUCGCAUACCCACAUUCCACGGUUACUCUGCCUCUGGCAAUGUCACUGCCCCCUACGUCUACGUCAAUUUCGGCACGUACCAAGAUUUUGAGGAUUUGCAGGCCGCAAACAUCACAUUGAAAGGCAAGAUUGCACUUGCCAAAUAUGGCGGCAUCUUCCGUGGUCUCAAAGUCAAGCGGGCUCAAGAGCUGGGCAUGGUUGGAGUCGUCAUCUAUUCCGAUCCACAGGAAGAUGGCGACGUGACCGAAAAGAACGGCCACAAGCCUUAUCCCCAGGGCCCAGCAAGAAACCCAAGCAGUGUCCAACGAGGCAGUACGCAAUAUAUCAGUACUCUUCCUGGGGAUCCCACCACCCCCGGAUACCCCUCUAAACCAGGUGUGCCUCGCGUGGACCCUCAUGGCUCCACGCCAAAGAUCCCGUCCCUCCCCAUCUCAUAUGCCGAUGCGCUUCCACUGCUAAAAGCUUUGAAUGGUCAUGGUCCAAAUGCGAGCUCCUUCAAUAGCCAUUGGCAUGGAGGGGGCCUCGAUUAUAAAGGCGUCGAUUAUAGCAUAGGUCCGACUCCAGAGUCUCUGACUCUGAAUUUGGUCAACGAGCAGGAGUAUGUCACUACCCCUCUGUGGAAUGUCAUUGGCGUCAUCAAUGGCACAAUUUCAGACGAAGUCGUUGUCCUGGGCAAUCACCGUGACGCCUGGAUCGCAGGCGGCGCAGGCGAUCCCAACUCAGGUUCGGCUGCCCUCAACGAAGUCAUUCGAUCCUUUGGUGAAGCUCUCAAAGCCGGUUGGAAACCUCUCCGAACAAUUGUUUUCGCUAGCUGGGAUGGUGAAGAGUAUGGCUUGGUCGGUUCCACCGAAUGGGUCGAGGAGUUCCUACCGUGGCUGUCGUGCAGUGCCGUUGCCUAUCUCAAUGUCGACGUGGCCGCUCGCGGUACUCAUUUCAGUGCCGCAGCGUCUCCACUCCUCAAUCAAGCAAUCUUCAACGCCACAGGCUCUGUCAUUUCACCAAACCAGACCGCCAAAGAUCAGACCGUACGAGACACUUGGGAUGGUCACAUUCGUACCAUUGGGUCUGGCAGUGACUUUACUGCCUUUCAGGACUUUGCCGGCAUUCCUACUCUUGACAUUGGCUUUGGGAGUGGUCCUGGCGAUGCAGUCUACCAUUAUCAUUCCAAUUAUGACAGCUUUCACUGGAUGGACAAGUACGGGGACAAAGGCUGGCACUAUCAUGUGGCAAUUACAAAGGUUUGGGCAUUGUUGGCCGCCAAACUCGUCGAAACACCUAUACUAGCCUUAGGUGCCGAGGACUAUGCCAAAGGCCUGAAAGGCUACUUACAAAGUGUCAAAGGCAAUACUGAGCUGUUUGAGCAUGGUCGCAAUCAUGACUUUAGUUUCCGUCGCCUGGAGAAGGCAACAUCCCGUCUUGAAAAAGUCGCUGCCGGGUUCGACAGCUACACGGCCGAACUUGCCGAUCGUAUAGAACAAGAUGUUCCGUGGUGGAAAUGGUGGAAGAAGGUUCGAUUAUAUUACGAGGUGCGCAGGGCAAACCAAAAAUACAAGAAGCUAGAGCGACAAUUCUUGUAUCCGCAGGGUCUCGAUCAAAGGUCAUGGUUCAAGCACGUGGUUUUCGCGCCGGGGCGGUGGACUGGCUAUGCUGGUGCCACAUAUCCUGGCCUCGUGGAGAGUUUGGAAGAUAAGAACGCGACCAAUGCCCAGCGGUGGGCUGAAAUUAUUGAACAAAGGCUAGAAGCAGCGAUCAAACUGCUUGCGUGAUGCUAAUAGGGUUUGGCUUUUUCGAGCGCCACAAUAUCUGUAUUUGCUUGCGGAUAAUAACAACAUGUUGAAUACAGACCUGACCGUGAAGUUGAGAAGCAAAACAAUCUUGAGUAUUGAAGCGUAUACCAAAAAUG